AUGACGGCCCGCGACGACGAGGAGGCUUUCCCCCCGAGCCGGACGACGGCCGUGACGGCCAGCGGGGCCAUGACGACAGCAGCAGCGAGCGACGCGGAGGAUGCGAGCGAACGGGCGCGACACGAUGUCGACGCGCUGUGGCGGCGGCUGGAUCCGCAGGGCAAGGACCUGGACUUUAAGGGGCUCAAGAAGGGACUCCGGCGGAUUGACCACCCGAUGAAAAACGCGGACGAUAUGCUGCGGCAGAUCAUCAAGCUUGUCGACGCCGACGGCGACGGCAAGAUCCAAUAUGAAGAAUUCCGGGUGUUUGUCGAGACGGCCGAGCACGAGCUGCUGACGCUGUUCCGGUCGAUCGACCGCGACCACGACGGACGGGUCAAUCGGACAGAACUGCGCAGUGCCUUUCUCAAGACGGGGCUGUCGGUGCCGGUGAAGCGGCUCAAUGGCUUCUUUGACGAGAUGGACGCGAACCACGACGGGUACAUCAGCUUUGAGGAGUGGCGGAACUUCCUGCUGUUCAUCCCGACGCGCGGUGACUCGACGCUGGCCACGGCCUUCUCGUAUUAUGCGGCCACGGUGGUGCUCAAUGCCGAGGGCGAUUCGCUGGUCAGCGAUGAGACUCUGGAAGGCUUAGGUACGGCCGGUUCUCUCUUCUACGCCCUGUUUGGUUCUCUCUUGAAGCUUGCCCAUCCAUCUGCGGCGGAACCGAAGGCCGUGUCGUCGCGGACGCGCGAAUCGGAGCUAGACUGCGGGGAAUCGGCCGAAGCACACACACUCACAUCACAACUGGCGUCAUUACCAGCGCCAUCACCAGCCCUACCGCCCUCCCCCCGGCGAUCGUUUGCGCCACCGCCGUCAAUGGAGGAUGACGGGGACAACCCGGGGGGCUAUGAGAUCAACAGCCUGGACGAUCUCGAAGACGGCGAGGUGGACGACGACAAGCUUCAAAAGACGCAGCAGGGGCGUGCAAAGAUGUCCAAACUGACGCAGUACAUGCCCCAUCCAGGAUACUUUGUGGCAGGCGCGCUCGCGGGCGGGAUCUCGCGGACGGCAACGGCGCCGUUCGACCGGCUCAAGGUGUUUCUGCUGGUCAGCACGCGGGCCGGCAGCAACGCGUCAAUCAACGCGGUGCGCCACGGUCACCCGCUAGCGGCGCUGCACAACGCAGCGCGGCCGAUCACGGACGCGGUGGUGAGCCUGUACCGAGCAGGAGGACUGCGGACGUUUUUUGCAGGAAACGGACUAAACGUGGUCAAGAUCAUGCCAGAGACGGCGAUCAAGUUUGGCUCGUACGAAGCGGCCAAGCGGGCCUGCGCCUCGCUCGAGGGCCAUGGCGACCCAGCACACAUCAACCCCUACUCCAAGUUUGUGGCGGGCGGUGUGGCCGGCAUGAUUGCGCAGUUCUGCGUGUAUCCACUGGACACGCUCAAGUUCCGGCUGCAGUGCGAGACGGUCGCAGGCGGACCGACUGGACGGGCGCUGCUGAUCCAGACGGCACGGCGAAUGCUGGACGCGAACUCGCCGACAAACGGCGGCAGUGGACGGCGUGGCGGCUGGCGGGCAGCGUAUCGUGGCGUGACCAUGGGCCUGAUCGGCAUGUUUCCUUACAGCGCCAUCGACAUGGGCACGUUCGAGCUGCUCAAAGGCGCCGUCGUACGCUACAAGGCACGGCGUGACGGACUGCACGAGGACGACGUGGCGCCUGGCAACGUGGUGACUGGCAUCAUCGGGGCCACAUCCGGGGCUUUUGGCGCGUCUGUCGUCUAUCCGCUCAACGUGCUGCGCACACGGCUGCAGACCCAGGGCACCGCUCUUCACCCGCCCACCUACACUGGCAUCUGGGACGUGGCCUCGCGCACGAUCGCCAACGAGGGCUGGCGUGGUCUCUACAAGGGCCUCACGCCCAACCUGCUCAAGGUGGCCCCCGCCCUCAGCAUUACCUGGAUGGUCUACGAGAACUCCAAGACCCUGCUCGGACUGCCGUGA